CAGAUCAUAAUAAGCAAAGCAGUAGAAGAAAAAACAGAGGAUUCACGAACCCAAAAAGAUCAAACAUGAUGGUCAAAGAUAUGUUUGCUCAGCUCGGAUCGAUAAUAGCCAGUGUGAUGUUCGUUUGGGCAAUAUUUAAGCAAUACUUUCCUCAUGAACUCAGAUCCUCCCUAGAGAAACACUUUCAAGGAAUGGUGAAUUUUGUGUAUCCUUUCAUUCAAAUCACAUUCAAUGAGUUUACCGGAGAGAGACUCAUGCGCAGCGGAGCUUACUCGGCCAUCGAGACUUAUCUGAGCUCGAAAUCCUCCAUGCAAGCGAAGCGCUUGAAAGCCGAUGUUGUGAUGAACAGUAGUCAACCUCUGGCUUUGAGUAUGGAUGAUAAUGAGGAGGUUGAAGAUGAAUUUGAAGGUGUGAAGCUUAAGUGGACUUCUGGGAAGAACAUUUCCAAAUCACAACCAUUUUCGUUUUAUCCAGUCAGCGAUGAGAAGAGGUAUUACAAGCUCACUUUCCAUAAAAAGCACAGGGAUGUGAUCAUAGGGCCAUACCUAAACCAUGUCCUGAAAGAGGGAAAAGCAAUCAGAGUAAGAAACAGGCAGCGAAAGCUUUACACCAACAAUGGAUCCCACUGGAGCCACGUAGUGUUCGAACACCCUGCGACGUUUCAGACACUGGCAAUGGAUGCAGAGAAGAAGAAAGAGAUAAUCGAUGACUUGAUCACAUUCAGCAAAGCAGAACAAUUCUAUGCAAAAGUUGGGAGGGCCUGGAAGCGCGGUUAUCUCCUACACGGCCCUCCAGGGACUGGCAAGUCCACGAUGAUCGCUGCCAUGGCAAAUCUGCUUGGUUAUGAUCUUUAUGAUUUGGAAUUAACGGCUGUGAAAGAUAAUACUGAGCUGAGGAAAUUAUUGAUUGAGACGUCGAGUAAAUCGAUUAUUGUGAUUGAGGACAUUGAUUGUUCGGGUGAUCUUACUGGGCAGAGGAAGAAGAAGAAGGAGAAGGAGGAGGAAGAUAAAGAGAAGGAUGCAUUGAAGAAACUAGCAGGGAAAGAAGAAACUGAGACUAAAACCAGCAAGGUAACUCUUUCCGGGCUUCUGAAUUUCAUUGACGGGCUUUGGUCGGCUUGUGGGGGAGAGAGACUGAUAGUUUUUACGACCAACUACAUGGAAAAACUCGAUCCUGCGCUGAUUCGGAGAGGGCGAAUGGACAAGCAUAUUGAAUUGUCCUACUGUGGAUUGGAGGCGUUUAAGGUUCUAGCAAGGAACUAUCUUGAUGUUGAAUCACACUAUUUGUUUCAAGAAAUUGAGGCUAUGUUGGAGGAGACAAAUAUGACUCCUGCAGAUGUUGCAGAAAAUUUAAUGCCCAAGACUGUUCCUGCUAAUGCUGAAACUUGCUUGAAGAGUCUGAUCAAAGCUCUUGAGAAAGUGAAAGAGGAUGCGAAAAACAAAGAAUUGGUAGUUGAAGAAGUGACAGAUGAUAAAGAGAAGGAAAAAUCAGAUGAAAAAGAAAGUGAAGUAAAAGAAACAACUAACUGAAGAAGCAAAUGAGAACAGUAGCAGCUUCCAAUCUAUACUAAACUUAACACUCUUUUUGUCUUGUGCUUUGUGUUGUAUCUUAUUUGAAAGGACAAGUUGAUAAUUUCACAACAUAUAAAAUAAAGUUACAGGAUUUUAUCUUGAUAGUA